AUGGCUAUAACAAAAGCAAAAGAGAAGAAACUAGAGGGAAGGGUUGAGUAUAAAGGCACCCAGCUGGUACAGGCGCACAGCCAGCAGCAGCUCCUCCUGCAGUUCUCUCCUGAGCCAGAGCUCCCCCUCCAGAACGACAUGAUGCUCAAGUCUGUCACAGAGAGCUUCGCCAGCCUGGUUCACGGCUUGAAGGUGGACCACCUGACGGAUGGUGUCAUUCGGAGGAGCAAGAGGAUGAUUCUGGAUUCUCUGGGUGUUGGUUUCCUGGGAACAGGCACAGAAGUGUUCCACAAAGUCACGCAAUAUAGUAAAAUGUACAGUUCCAAUACCUCCAGCACCGUUUGGGGUCGACCAGACUUCAGGCUCCCACCCACAUAUGCUGCUUUUGUGAACGGCGUCGCUGUUCACUCCAUGGAUUUUGAUGACACAUGGCACCCAGCCACCCACCCUUCCGGGGCAGUCCUGCCAGUCCUCACAGCUCUAUCAGAAGCCCUGCCUCAGACUCCAAAAUUUUCUGGCCUUGACCUGCUGCUGGCAUUCAAUGUUGGUAUUGAAGUACAAGGACGGUUAAUGCACUUCUCCAAGGAAGCCAAAGACAUCCCAAAGAGGUUCCAUCCUCCCUCUGUGGUGGGGACUUUGGGAAGUGCCGCUGCUGCAUCCAAAUAUUUAGGACUCAGCUUGACAAAGUGUCGAGAGGCCCUAGCUAUUGCUGUUUCUCAUGCUGGGGCACCCAUAGCAAACGCUGCCACUCAGACCAAGCCCCUUCACAUCGGUAACGCAGCCAAGCACGGGAUGGAAGCCACAUUUCUAGCGAUGCUGGGUCUCCAAGGAAACAAGCGCAUCUUGGACCUGGGGUCAGGGUUUGGGGCCUUCUAUGCCAACUACUCCCCCAAAGACCUUCCAAGCCUGGAUUCUCACAUCUGGCUGCUGGAUGAGCAGGACGUGGCCUUCAAGAGCUUCCCAGCACAUCUGGCUACGCACUGGGUGGCAGACGCCGCUGCAGCUGUGAGAAAGCACCUGGUGAUUCCGGAAGGAGUCCUGCUUCCUACUGACCAUAUCGAGAGGAUUGUGCUCAGGAUCCCCGAUGUCCAGUAUGUAAACAGGCCCUUCCCAGACUCAGAGCAUGAAGCUCGCCAUUCCUUCCAGUACGUGGCUUGUGCCAUGCUGCUCGAUGGUAGCGUCACGGUUCCGUCCUUCUGCAGUGAGCAAAUCAACAGGCCACAGGUGAGAGAGUUGCUCCAAAGAGUGGUUUUGGAACACCCUCCUGACAACCUGCCAAGCUUUAACACACUGUACUGUGAGAUAAGCGUCACCCUGAAGGACGGAACCACCUUCACUGAGCGCUCGGAUACCUUCUACGGUCACUGGAGGAAACCACUGAGCCAAGAGGACCUGCAGAAGAAGUUCCGAGCCAAUGCCUCCAGGAUGAUGUCCAAGGACACGGUGGAGAGCCUUAUAAAGGUGGUAGAAAGCCUCGAGGACCUGGACGACUGUUCCGUGUUGACCUCGCUUCUGAAAGGACCCUCUGUCCAAGAGGAGGACUCAAAACUACCCCACAUGUUCUCCUUCCUUCACACAGUGUCUAGGCUUACCAAUGUCUGA